CCUCCUACAUUUUAAAUUUCUUUUUACAAAUGGGAUACAUGUUUGUUUAGUUUGGUAGCUAGCAGAUUCAUACCUCCUGCCUACUUUUCAUCAGCAAAGAUAUCGUUGAUAUCAUACUAGUUGUAAUUUAAGCACAGAGCACUGUUUGCACUCUCAGCUUUUGAUGAUCUGGGCAUUAGUUAAUUACUCGAGUCUCUGCUUCUUUCAAUACCCAGUGUUUUUAAUUCUAAAGAAACAUGGUUGUCAAGGAGGGCGUUAUUUCUCUGGAGUACGCUGAUUUGAAGGGGAAGAGAGUGUUCGUCAGGCUGGACCUCAAUGUUCAUCUCGACAAAAAUCAAGAUCUAGGACGGUACCAGGGUGCGCGCCGCUCUUCCCUCCAUCAAGUACUUGAUGUUCACGCCGCCAGAGUCAUCCUCUCCUUUCUCUUGGUAUUUGAUCUUUUCCCAUCUCAGCUUCAAAUCAAUCUGUUUCUAUUAGUUGAUCUGGGUAUUUGCUUCUGUAUACCAUUCGUGUCCUUCCAUUCUCAAUGAUCCUUCUGAUCGCCUGACCAGUAAAUUGUUUUCUUGUUAUAGUGCUUAUGUGUAUAAGAUUGGAUAUCACUUAUUUUGAAUGUUCCACGAAUUAGUGUCGUUAGUUUUCCAUAUUGGAUGUAGAUUUUGAGCCAUUUUGACUUCCCGUUUUUGUUAAAUGUUCGUGGUUUAUUGAAGCCAGUCAUUAGAUUUGUAUCAGAAUAAGAUAGGUUAUAUUGUUGUCUAAAAUUCAAAUGCUGAAAUGCAUGUGUGUAUUGGAUUCUCUGCCAGCAUUGCCCAUAGUAGUUAAAACCUCUUUCUGGAUUCCCCUGCUUCAGCAGCCCUUCACUCUAUCACCCCUGCUUAUAUUUUUUUUUUGAUAAUGGUGAAAACUUACAUUAAAGAAAACCCAGAAAAUAGAGUCAAUAAACAGAGACAGAACAGGGAUCAAGAGAUCAAGAGGAAUGAUCUCAACCAUCCCUGCUUAUAUUACAUGGAUCACAGCCACAGGGCUCCAACAAUUGCACUCGUACGUGUUAAAUUUCUUUUUACAAAUGAAAUACAUGUUGGUUUAGUUUGGUAUUCAGCAGAUUCAUACCUCCUACAUACUUUCUCAUCAGAAAAGAUACCAUUGAUAUCAUACUAGUUGUAAUUUAAGCACAUAGCACUAUUUGCGAUCUGUAGGUUCCCUUUCUUUUACACAAACACCUUUUGCACUCUCCGCUAUAUGACGAUCUGGGCAUUAGUUAAUUACUGGACUCCCUGAUUAUUUUAAUAGUAGUGUUUUAAUUCGAAGGAAACAUGGCUGCCAAGAAGUACGUUGGGUCUCUGAAGGAGGCUGAUUUGAAGGGGAAGAGAGUGUUCGUCGAUGUGGAUCUCAAUGUUCCUCUCGACGACAACCACAAGAUCACCGACGAUACCAGGGUUUACUCUGCUGUUCCCACCAUCAAGUACUCGACUCCUCUCCUCUCACGUGAUCUGCAUCAGGGGCAAGUUAUUUUCAGUGUUCAAGAAGAUGCGCCUAGGCGCUGGGCAAGGGAAAAUCGUGGAGUCUAGCUUUGGGCGAAGUGGCUGGGCGUGCAAAACGCAGAAUCGUGUUGAAAAACUCUGAGGCGGCGACUAGUAGCUCGAAGUCGCGAUUCCUUGCUGUUGGGCGACGCCCAGAACAUGAGAAGGGGGAGGAGAUGCUGCUGCGUUUGGCCCGAAAAAACCCUAAUCCCUUUCAUUUCCAAUCGGGUAGCUGACGAGCAGCUCUCCCUCCCCCACAGCAGCCGUUGUAGCUCUCCCUCCUCUCUAACCAACCGCCGCCAUUGUCCCUCCUCUCCAGCAGACCGUCACUGCCGUCUCCAGCAUCGCAACAGGGUCCUCAUCGCAAGCAUCUAUUGCGCCUCGUCCUCGCCGUCAUCGCACAGUCUUCCUCCAUAGCUGUCAUCGCCGGUCUUCAUAGCUGUCGUCGCCGAUCGCCAUCAUCUAGUUGUAGAAGGUUUGUGACUCACUCGUCAUUCCAUCUCUCGUUUGGUGGGUUGACGAAUGAUGAAUAAUGAAUUAAUGAUAAAGGGUAGUAGGGUAUGCUGCUGAUUUAAGCUGAAAGGGGUAAUGGUAUGGUGGAUUAAGGGCUUCUUAGUUCAUUUUUUUUUAACGUUUAAUUUCGCGUAGGCGAUGAUUAAUUGCCCUCGGCGCUGGGCCGUGCCUCCCCUCCGCCUAGUUGAUGCCUAGCGUCUUUUUGAAAAUUGGUUAUUUUAUAUUCUUUUUAUCUGAGUUCAAAUGUUGAAAUGCAUAUAUUUAUCGGAUUCUCUGUUAGCAUUUACCACAGUAGCUAGAACCUCUUUCAUGGUUCCCCCGCUUUAGCAGCCCUUAUUUCAUAUUCUUUUUAUCUGAGUUCAAGUGUUGAAAUGCAUAUAUUUAUCGGAUUCUUUGUUAGCAUUUACCACAGUAGCUAGAACCUCUUUCGGUGUUCCCCCAAGUUUGGUACAUAGCAGAUUCAUCAUUGAAAUUUGUUGGUAACGAAUUUUCAGAUCAGGCAUUCCAGAUCAACUAAAAUUAUUGUUAUCUCUGAUCUAUCUCAGACUACCCACUGCUGAACCUCAUUCUACCAGUGUCAUAUUUGUUGUAGUAAGUAUAUAAUGUGCUACGCUUCCUGAUGGUUAUUAUGGGUAAUCUGAAACAUGUUUUUGUUGCUUCCUCUGUAGGUUCCUACAAGAUUCUUUGAGCUGGCAAAUAAGUGGCUGAUGCACAACAUUAUAACUACAUCACUCACUAUCUGAAUAUAUUGUGUACCUUCUUGCGUGCGAUCUUUCUUAUAGACAAAGUCCAGCUACUAAUACUCAACUUUUGAAGGGUGCAGCUAGACGGUUACGUAGAUGCGAGUUCUACUUGGUCAGAAAAGCUUUGCUGGUAGAAGGCGAAUUCUACCUACAACUUUUUCUUGUAGUGUUAUCACAACCUUUGUUACUCAACAUUGAUCCAUGCUAUUCAAAUAAGGUGGUUGUGAUAACUCUGCAUUCAAAAGUUGCAAGUACUAUUUGCCUUCUACAGGUAAAGCUCUCAGUUAUUCGGACUUUUUUUUAAUUUAUUACAAUUGAUCAUCUGAACAAUAUAUCUUUAAGCCAUUAAGCUUAAUUCUCGUAAACUUCUUUUGUUGAAGGAAUUUACUUGUAGAUGGCUAGAGUGCAUCUAACCAUGCAUGAAACAAUAUGGCAAAAUUAUGAUUAUAAAUGGUUCUUGGACUUCAGAUUUGGGAGGAUAUUGGCUGCUCUUGAAUGGCGGGUGGACCUGAAAAUAGUUUUCUCAUCUAUAACUUUUAAGGCUACCCAUUAUAAGUUUGUCAUUUUUGCAUUAUUAUUUUUCACUGAUUUAUAGGCUAUCUAUUAUAAUUUUCGCUUGAUUCAAUUAUUCACUUAUUUGAAACCUAUUCAUCACAUUUUUUGGUAGAUAAAUUUGAAGGCUAUUU